AUGACUGGCCUGAGGCAGAUAUAUGUCAACGGUGAUUAUUCCAGCAGCGGUGGUGGAGAGCUGCGAUGUCAUCGGUUGCCGCCGCAACGAUCGGUCUGCAUCUGGUUUAGCCCGGCACCUGCCGCGUUGCGCCCAAGCGCGUCGGGGUUCAGCCAAUAUAACCCGCUUUGGGAAUUCUCCUCUCCGAUCAUCCAGCUUCAACAGCUCAACAGCUCAACUUUACACUUUGUGGAAGACACCAAAAUGAACAAUCGGCCGGUCGAGCAAGUGCUCGCCACGCUCCUCCCUACACACGCUAAUGAAAUCCCUCCGGAGCUCCUCUCGCUCGCACAGUCGCUCAUUGCGCAGUCUCGCAGCUACACGAGUAGUUUAAAGCCGGAGGAAGAGAUUGCGAGGCCAUUUGCUUGCGCUGAAAUCGCUUGUCGACGGCUGGCACGCGCGUUGAAGCUUCCGCCUCUUCUCGGUCAUCCACCAUGCCCACCACGAGUGUACAAAAAACUUUAUACGUUCCUAGAUAACUCAAUUGGAGGAAGUUCAAAAGCAGCAGGUAAAGCUGGGUCUAGAACGCCAUCACGAGCUGCGACAACCCCAAGGAAAGAAACCGCUGCGACACCAUCUAACACCGCAUCUGCAAGAACACUUCAAAAUAAUACGCCGUCAAAAUCCACACCGCGAAGGAGCAACUUGUUAAACGACCGUGCUAAUGGCACCCCAUCAAAAACAGCGUCGGUCAAGCGUGCACGAUUCAAAGAAGAUCCGCUACAAACCUCAUAUAUCAUCAAAGAUGCAGCGGACUGGGUAAUGCCUUCGGUCCGGACAGUGUGCAAGACGCUAUCUACUCCAGCUCCUCGUAUGAGCUUGCUGUCACGCCCACCAGUUUCGAGGACUCUACCUCCCCACAUGUUCACCGGUGUCUCGUCUAUCCUCCACUUUUUUUCUUCAAUGACCGACGAUGCAUUUGGCAAACUAGACGAAGAAGCCUCGGACUUUCUCGAAAUCCUUCGCACACCUGGCGAAGAAAAGACGGAUGAUUACAAAGAAAUAGUCAUGGCCCUUGUGGUGGCAGUCUACUUUCUCGUUCUCGCGCGCCGCCGGAGUCCCGGCCCAGUCACAGAAAAUACAAACGCAGAAUCAACCCCUACACCCGACGAGUCCCAGAAAAUGGACAAAAAGACGUUUUCCGAAAUGCGGCAAACGGCUUUAUCAAGUCUUGGUCUCUCGCCAACAGACAAGCGUCACGGCGAAGAUGUGGACGCAUGGAUCGCCUUGAUCAUGGACCAGAAUUGGGCCAAGGGCCAAGAGUGGUUUGACAACAUCCCAUCAGUGGGACAAAGGAGCGAUGAUUUCCUCGACGAGAAUGGCCAUGGGCUUGAAGAUGACGAUCCUAUGGAGGCUUCGACGCCGAAACGCCGAAGGACGAAAUUGUUUGCACAGGCUGGCAGUAAUAAAGAAGGGGCGCUUUUGCCGGGCCUAGGCACGAUGAUGCAAGAUCGAGUGGAUUACUUGAGCGAGGACCGUAGAGAGGAUUAUUUGGAGUGGAAGGCAGAUAUGAUGAAAAGGAUUGCCAGUAUGGAUAAAUCUGCAGGUGCUAUUGGGAGAAAGGCCAGCGUCAAGAAGCAAGCUGUUGCUGCUUAA